GUUGGCUAUGCGACAGAUGAGACGGGGAUCCCCGAUGGUUGGUUAGGACUUGACUGUGGUGAGAAAUCUGAUGCUCUUUUCAGAGAAACUAUCCUUGAAUCAAAGACUAUUCUAUGGAAUGGUCCGACCGGUGUCUUCGAAUUUGAUAAAUUCGCAAAAGGAACCAAAUCAGCCCUUGAUGCAGUAAUCGAGGCUACAGAGAAAGGUGCUACUACAAUAGUUGGCGGAGGUGAUACGGCUACUGCUGUCGCCAUGUGGCAUGCAGAAGACAAGAUUUCCCAUGUCUCUACUGGCGGCGGUGCUAGUCUAGAACUAUUAGAAGGCAAGGAACUUCCUGGUGUCGCCGCACUAUCCUCAAAAUAA